AUGACUGACCUCUCCGCCUUCAACAAGGUGGGCGACGUUAAGCCUAACGGACAGGACGGUUUCACCAAAGAUGGAAGCCGAGAUACUUCUUGUGCUCAGCUCACUGCCAAGUCCACUGGCCCUACUCGCAAGCGUCAGGAUGCUGGUGAUGUCGCUACUCUUGGCCAAGACCUCUCCGGCCUCGACACUCGCACCAAGUACACCGUCCAGUUCUGGUACCGUAUUGCUACAGCCCCUACCAGGAACAAUGACUGUACCCUUGAGGCCUAUAUCGGUAGUCUUCGAUUUUUCAACACUGCCAUCUUUGCCAACGAUGCUAGCGACAGCUACAUCCAGGUUCUCACCUCCACCACCGUUCCUGCCUCCCAGGGUGAGCUGAACUUCAAGACCACCUGUGCCAACGGAGAUUCUGCCUCUGUUCUCAUUGACUCCGUCUUCAUGUCCAACCAGGUCACUCCUGAGAACAUUGACAACUACAGACUUGACUUUGGUGAUGGCCAGAUUCGUGAGCCUACCAACUCUCCUGCUACCACUGCCGGCACCCAGCUUCCUCCCACUACUCAGCCUGCUGCUGCUACUACCACUUCCGCUGCCGGAAAUGGUGGCAACGGCAACAACUCUGCUCAGCCUACCUCUGCUGAUCAGAGUGACGCUACUACCCAGGGCAACUCAGAGUCUACCGAGACUGGUGCUAUCAAGCCAACCACUGCUUCCCAAGACGGCGAGGAGACGUCUCAGCCCACUCAGGGCAGCGGCUCCCAAUCUACUUCUGUUGCUGAUGGAGGCUCUUCGGCCACCACUAGCGCCGCUGGAAAUGAUGGUGAUGCUACUACCCAGACCCAGGGCUCUCAGCCUACAUCUGUCACUCAGGGCUCUGGCUCUGACGCCACUACCCAGUCCGAAGGCUCUGGCUCCCAGCCUACCACUGUUUCUCAAGGCUCCGACGUUACUAGCGAGACUCAGGGUUCUGGCUCUCAGCCCACUAGUGCUACUCAAGCCUCCGAGUCUGACGCCACUACCGAGACCCAGGGUUCCGGCUCCCAGCCCACCACUGUUUCUCAGGGCCUACCUCUGCUACCCAGGGCUCUGGCUCUGACGUGA